UAUACCAUUACUCGCUUAACUGAGGCACCGGUGCCACAAACGUUACAGAUGAGUGAAUGCUGCAUCGAUUGUGGAUUCGGGACGCCAGGAAGAACAGAGUGUGCGCCUCUACAUGAAUGAAACUGAACGCCGGACUUCAUUCAUUCAUUCAACUUUUCGACAGAAUUUGACAGUGUUUGCCAAGCAUUACGUGUUAGCGUGCUCGACCAGGUGUACGUGUGCAUGUUUGUCCCUGUAGCUGGAAAUAUUUGCUUGAAAGUGUGUGCACUUGUCUGUGCGUGUGCAUACCCAACUCCAGCUGCAGCCGAGUGUGUGUGUAUGUGUGUGAAGAGACCCUGUGAGUCAUGUCAGUGUCAGUGAUCAUAAAGUGGGGAGGUCAGGAGUACUCCAUCAGUUCUCUGUCUGAGGAGGACACAGUGAUGGACCUGAAACAGUCCAUUAAGACCUUGACUGGGGUGCUGCCAGAAAGACAGAAACUACUGGGACUCAAGGUCAAAGGUAAACCUGCAGAGGAUGAGGUGAAGCUGGGCUCUCUGAAGCUGAAGCCUAACACCAAGAUCAUGAUGAUGGGUACCAGAGAAGAGAGCCUGGAAGAGGUUUUAGCCCCUCCGCCAGAGAAUGAUGAUGUGGUCAAUGAUUUUGACAUUGAGGAGGAGGUCAUUGAAGUGGAGAACAGAGAGGAGAACCUUGCUAAAAUUGCCCGCAGAGUGAAAGACUAUAAGGUGGAGGAGCUAAACCCUCCCAGAGAAGGCAAGAGGCUUCUGGUACUGGAUGUGGACUACACACUUUUUGAUCACAAGUCGUGUGCAGAGACGGGUCAGGAGUUGAUGAGACCAUACCUUCACGAGUUUCUGACAUCAGCCUAUGAGGACUAUGACAUUGUCAUCUGGUCUGCUACAAGUAUGAAGUGGAUUGAUGCCAAAAUGAAAGAACUUGGAGUGACAGACAACCCCAACUACAAGAUCUCAUUCAUGCUGGACAGUGCAGCCAUGAUCACUGUACACACCCCUAAAAGAGGGGUUGUAGAGGUGAAGCCCUUGGGUGUGAUAUGGGGGAAGUAUGGAGAAUUUUACAACAGGAAGAACACCAUUAUGUUUGAUGACAUCGGACGAAACUUUCUCAUGAACCCACAGAAUGGGUUGAAGAUUCGACCCUUCAUGAAGGCCCAUCUUAACAGGGAGAAGGACAGGGAGCUGUAUAAACUUGCUCAGUACCUCAAAGAAAUCGCCAAGCUUGACGACUUCACUGGACUCAACCACAAACAUUGGGAGAGGUACCUAUCCAAGAGGCAGCACCACUGAGGAGGGACUACAUCCUUGAGGCCAGCAUCCCUUCAGCUAGUUCUCACGCACAUACACACUGACUUGGCUACUAUGAGUCCUUCAUUUUAAACCCUGCUACAAAUCCUGCAGCUACCAACACUCAAAAGGACUGACACAGGCUUCCCAGUUUAUAUAUUUGCAUGUUAUCUGUCUCUUCUGGAUCUUGAUAAUUUUUUUUUUCCAAAUAUUGUUUACAUUUACUAAAAUGACAAUGGCAGUUACUGGGUGGGUUAAAAAAAAACUAAUCACAUGCAGCUGAAGCUGAAGCCACACACUACAAGCCACCACAACCCACAAACUCAUACGCCAGUCCUGUAUUUAAAAUACAUUUUGAAGUCCACAGUUAAACGGUACCUGAAAAUACUUGAGAUCUUUUGAAGAUAGGCAUAUGCUGCUGUGACUGUCUAGGAAGCUGAGAUGUUAGUUUGAAUGAGAAAUUCAACAAGAGGAAAUGCAUAUACCCACAAUAUAGGCAAGUAAGGCAGCAGGCAGCAAGUAUGGUAAGUCCAUUUUGUGCAAGUUGUAGCAAAGAAGUAAAGUGAAAAUCUGGAAUGGCAGGAUGUGUUGAGAGCAAUGGUCAAGAUCUAAGAAAAUAAUCUUCAAGGCUACCGAGAGAUUAAAAGCUGUUGAGACUGAGACUGGUUGUAGCUAAAAUUUCAUCAAAACAGUUGACUGUCGUGCAUGUUUUGAUGGAAAAUGUCUGUCGUUUGUUGUCACUUGUAUGGAGAAGUCACUGGACACAAGCCUGUGGGUUGGAUGUCGUACAUGUACAUAAUGUACACAUAGAUGGUCAAGUUUCCAUGAGUUCUAUUUUGUUUUUUUAUGCAAUAUGUAUUAGUCUAUUUUGUUUAGAACUUUUAUUGAACUGGUAAUUAACAAACAUAGUUAAUGAGCAAAGUGAGGAUGAGGGAUGAUGAUGGUAAAGAAAGUGACAGCACAAAACAUUUGUUUUUUUUUUGUUUUUUGUAGCUUCUAAAAUUGUGUCUGCACUUAUUGUCAGCAUUUAUUUUAAGUUAUGGAUUAAAAACGGGGAGUGUCGAGGGAAGAGGAACAAAACACAUUCCCAUUCCCCAAGGAAACAUUAUGGAUGGGAAUUUUUCAGAUAUUGUCUGGUUUACAGCUCUCUUCGACAUUGAACUCCCUUUCAUUUUUUGAGAUCUGCCUUUGUGUGUUUUCCUCAUCAAAUCCCUAACAUCCUAGCUGUAAAUAUGACAAUAAACUUUUUUU